AUGUUUCUUCUCACCUCUUUACCAGAUAAUAUACUUGAAUUAGGCAAUAAUAUAUCGUCUUUUGCAGUUGAUUUUAUUUGUGAUGAAGAAUUGAAUGGUGAUGUAUUUGAUGUUACUGAUGAUAUUUCAACACUUUUCUUUUCAUCGGGUGAUUUACGUGUUUUAACACGAGAUGGAGUAUUGUCACCGGUCGAUGAUAUUGACGAUUCAAUACCACUUUUAUAUUUAUUACUUGAUGGUGAUGAUGAAAAAGAUCUUGUUGGUAUUAGAAGGGCUUUUUGUGAUUGUUGA